CUUCACGUUGUGGUGUUAAAAAUUAUGUCAACGUGCUCAAGAGUGUUCACCCUACGGUGGAGCUAUUUUUCCCUGUAACAAAACAAUAUUUACAAGAAUAUAUUGAUGCCAAGAAGAAACAGGGAACCAUCAAGGCAAAUUCUCUUGACCAAUACUUUCAACAUAUUGAAAGUUAUAACAUGGCUCUUGGACAUGGGUGGGACUCUCAAGAAUUUGAACCCAUGAUGCGUGAAGUUUUAGAGGAAUUGGUACGAAUUGAAGAAAAAUAUAACAGUACACGUAAAGCCACCUUAACACCUGGUGACGAAGAAAGUGAUGAACUAA